CUCCCGAGGCGAGAGGACGUGUGUCUUGUGAACUCUCCCGCCUGGUGACUGGAAUGCGUGUGUAUGCGUGUGUGUGUGUUUCUGUGGUCGAAGUGAAUUAACGAAACUUGCUACGUGCGGUGAGAUGAAUCGUCAUUAUUUUUCAGAUGUGAUGGAACGAAAUAAGUUUGCGAGAACUUUAGUGAAAUCUGACAAACAUUAUUAGUUCGUUUCCACCUUGGAGCGAUGACAGACCUCGAGGGAGGUGCACGAUUUGCCUCGCAAAGUGUUCACAAAAUAAGAAGAAAAUCACUAACUAGAAAAGACAAAAAUAUCUUAACUGAAAAUACAUAAAACUUUGAUGACAAAAAUGAUCGCUGAGUGCGUUUGCCGAGUGCAGUGGAUGGGUGUUCGCUAGGUCAGGGUAAUAAAGCAUUUUGACCAUUGAGCUGUAAAACCAAUUCCCAGUGAAGUCCAACUCUACUAGAUGAUAAUUCUGGCCGGACGUCAAACACAGUGAAACCAUAACAGCGUUUAUUAAACAAAACAAACAAAGAUUAAGACCUAAAAUAGAUUCAAACCUAAAAAAAAAUAAAGUUUGUCUAGUUAGAUUUUAUUUUGGUGGCAAAGCUCCGAGUGAACGGAUUUAUUUGGCAUUACAAGCGGAAAUUAUUAUUCUGUAGUGAAUAAAGAAAAGAAAAACCAUUAUAUUCCAGAACAGAGCUGUUAUAUUCAGAACUAAAAUAAAUAGUCUCCCCUUUGAUCAAGAAAAACAAAAUCGAGUUCUAUUUUCCACAGAAUAACUAAAGUAUCAAAUCUAAAACUUAUAAGGAAACACAGUCAGUGUCUGAGAACCAAUCCAAACAAAAUUAAAAUAACCAGUCAACAAAACAGUAGUGAGUGUAAAACCUGCCGUACGCGGCAUGAUAGACCUAGUGCGAGGAAUAAUCUGGUGUAACGAAAUAAUUUUGUCAGUCAAACGAAAAUUAAAAAGGUCUAACAGUGAGCGAAAAGGUUCAAAGCAUUAAAAUUAUAAAACUGUUGAAAGCAAAGAAAUAAGUUAAUAUCGAAAACGCGUAUAAAGUAAUCUACAGUGGAAAAAGUAAACAUAUAUGCAAAUAUAUACUUUUUUCGGUCAUAUAUAACAACAUAUGUUUACAAGAAAGAAUGCUAUCAAAAUAUACUAAAAUAUAUACCUAUAUAUAUAUAACAAACAACGAAUGUGAACAGAAAAAUAAAGUUUAUAGUUGUGCAAAACAAUGCUUAACAAAAACGAGUUUUAACGAUAUAUAAACAGAACUAUUGCCAAAAGCAAACAUUUUGUGCUCAAAAGCCUCCUCACAGCAUUAUAAAACUUUCACAGGUGUUUCGUUUCAUUGUAAAAUCAUUGCACAGGUGUGAAACGAAACUGUGAACCACAGGUGUGAAACUGACGACAUAUGAUAUCAGAACACACGAUAUCUAACCCCAAAAAUAUAUAAUAAAGGAAAUUUACUGUGACUAUAAAAAAAAAUUAUUUUAAAAAACUCGACUGAAGCCUUGAAGGUAACGACAUAUCAGGAAAUCCACAUGAACAUCAUACGAGAAAUCGGAGGCAAUAAACCGUAUCUGACCUUACACGAACGAUCUAUAAGAUAACCCCAGAGUGUGAGAUUCGGAUAACUAGGAGACUUCUCUUAUCCGGCCGGGAUGGACCCGAAAGACUGGCUGAAUUUAAGACAGGUCUAUCGGGCGCGUUUCACUGCAGCCUCGUCCAAGAUGGAUUCUAAGAUCAGCUUCGCUCGCUGUAAACGAGGAGUGAGGAUGUGUUGUGCUCGGGUGGGCGGCGUCGUGGGCGUGGUGGGCGCCAUCCUCCUCCUGCUGGGGCUGGUCCAGGUGGCGUCGGGUAUAUACUUCCUACUGAUGCUCCCGAUCUUCCAGCUGGGAUCCAAUAUAUGGACUGGAGGCUGGUCCUGCUUAUGUGGGCUGAUUUUAGGUGUGAUAGGAUGGAAGAAGCAGACAAUGCGACGUGGCCAAGUGGUCCUAGUGGCCACACUCAGUGUCCUGGUGGCCAAUGUGGCCAACCUCGUCAUUGUUCAAGUUGGCGAAUUCGGAGUCUUCCUGACCUUAGACGCGAGGAGGACUAUUAAGGAGAAAAACUUGGAUAUCACCUUGAAAAUAGCAUUCUGGCUGCCGACCGUGGUCACCGCAGUCGGCAUCGUUAUCAACUUCUUCGGCGCGCAGUACCUGUUCUGCGUGGUGGUACGUGGCUCCAAGGUGAAGGGUCGGAUGCCCGUAACCCGGUCUCUGUCUGAAGAAGGUCUGCACCACCGUCAGGAGACUCAUGAUGCUACGCCAUCGCUGGACGACGUUGUUGCUCUUCCUGAUCCCGCGGGGUCGUCAGCUUGGGUCUACCACCCCGAAGAGGACAAGAAUCCAACUCCUCUCUACCCGAUGGGACUCGAUCUCCUAUCAGACUUCCCCGACGGUUCCCGAAGGCUACCUGCCCGUCACACCUCUCUAGUAAACCCACGAUACGCACGCGUUCACCAGCGACCACAAAGGGCGCAGAGUUUUGUCAUGCGACGGGAACUACAGAUCGCAGAGAGCCAUAUUCUGCGUCCUCCACCUCCUGUAGCCUGCCCUGAGCCCCCAGAUUCUCUCCACCCGUCUCUCUACUCCAUGACGCUUGGCCGUCGAAUUCAUCGCUCGAACUCCGUCAGCGGAAGAAUGUUACUUGAAGGCAGCAACAGCGGUGGAACAGCUCUUAGUCGCAAGUUCCACGCCUGCUCGCUGGAUGACCUAGAUUCUGGACCAGUAUUUGAGGUCGGUAUGAUUCCUCUCGAACGAAGUCGAUCAGAGCAAAGUCUGACCGCCAUCGCCCAGGAGACAACAGCAGCUACCGGGACCACUGCCCUUGUACAUCGCUCGUCGAGCGUUCAAGAGAGACUUCUUGAUGGCAAGACGGUUCUCACAUCUUUCGGGCCGGUAAAUCGUCCAAUAGCUCGUUUUACAAAGCCCAAGGGCCCGGCUCCUCCUCCCCCUACAAAACCCAAGCCCACUUUUCCAUCUGUUACUCAAAGUGGUCUUAAGAAAGAUCAAAAUGAAGGGAAAGACUCGUGCGACGCUACAACAUCUAUUACAACAAAAGACGCUGAACAAAAAGCAGAGAUCACAACAGCGAACAAUAACGAAGAACCACAAGGUGUUCCGCCAGCUCCUGAAGAAAAUCUCAGAGAUCUCCGAUUGUCAACAGGUAAUACCAAGCGAAUGUCAACUCUUGAGCGACACUUACCACUCCCGGUUAUUGAGGAGAACAUUAAGAACACGCGAAAGAGACCAGCUCCUCAGCCACAUAUCAUCAUGCCCUCUCAAUCUGGCGACGAACCUUCAAGAGAGGGGGCGACAACCCUCCAAGCGGACAACCCGAAAUCAAAACGACCUGAAAUUGUCAAACCACCACGACCAUCCUUAGCGGAGAAACCUCUUCGUCUGGUUGAUAGAAAUAUGACACUUGCGCGUCCUUGCCCUGUUCAAAAGCCUGAAAGAAAACGGACCGAAAGUGAAAAUGCUGCAAAUCUGCGAAAGCUUGAAGAAGUGCUUACGAAUAUUCUAGAACGCGGAUCGCAGGCGCCACUUCGAGCAACCAAGUCGGAUGAAAAUAUAAUGGAGAGUUUAAAGGCUUUCGACACAAAAAUGCCGAAGAGUAUUUUAAAAAAAGGCUCAAGCAAGCCUAGCAAAUACGAAGUUGCUCACCGGGAAGCGCUGGAAGACUCAAAGCAGCUUCUGGACCAGUUGCCGCGAGGCGAACUUCAGCGAAAUAAAAUUGUCCUUCGCGUUCCCUCCUUCAGAACAGCUGGCUGCCAGACGGAAGCUUACCGCCCGGUGCGCCGAAGAGCAUCCUGCGCCCAGACCAAUCUGAGCGUAGCGCCGCGCUACAAGGAGAACACUACGAGCACCAACACAUCUUCGCGAACUUCCCCACCAGAACGUUGGGCCAAACCAGAGCGACGAACUGACCCACAGGUAAAUUCUGGGCAGGAAUCGUCGUCGUCGUCUUCAGGUUAUUCGUCGCCUGAAGUGGGCAGCAAAGACCCGUCUCCAGCCCAUUCAGGCCCUCCGUCUCCAGCUUCUUCCUCAUUGGUUGCCAGCGACGAAGACGAAAGAAGAACGGGAGCAAACGUCACAGUCAUAGAGGUCAACAAGAGCGAGACACUGCCAGCUCGGCUGCCACAUUGGCACAGUCCGGACUCAGUGCCGCCACCUCGUCCGCCCAAACCACUUCGUUUGCGCCACAUGUCUGACGCAGCGGCAUUCAUGGGCAGUCAUGGGGGUCUCCUGGUGCCAGUGCACAGAAGGGCAUCUCAGCUUCCAUACGAAGACGUAUUUGGCCUGGCCGCUCUCACCGAGAAUGUCAUGCUCCUAACAGAAGCCAUCAAUCCCGUAUUGGUGCAUUCCUUGAGACGCACUGACGCAGCGGAAAGCUCUUCCACGACGCCACGAGUCGUAGACGUCAUACGAAAAGCAAUGCAACCGACCAUUCAAGACGAUAAGCCAUGGGACGGGCGCACGACAGUCGUAGGCCGCCCACGAACUGCCCUUCGCGCCCAUAGCCUAUCGCUUCCAAGACCAUCACUCGCCCAUCCGUCACGCACGCGACUAAGCAGAGAUUCUCGUUCGCCGUCGCCCCCAAGGAACGACGACCACAGCCACCAGGCGCGACACGACACAGGCCCAUCGACAGCUGCAUAUCUAGCUUCGCUGGAGCUUCUUGCCUCACAUUACCGACACCAAGCACUUGCAAACGCUAAGCAACUCCAACUACAACAGCAGCUACUAAUACAACAGCAGAGACAACAACAGCAGCAACAGCAACAACAG